CGGGCGCAUCCGUAACUUCCCUCCAUUCAGCGGGUCUCCUCUGCCAGGGCGGAAGGCGCCGGGAGCGCGCGGCUUUCUCGCCCACGUGGUUUCCCGGCGCGCUCCCGGCGCCGCCCGCUUCUGCGCAGGCGCGCUGUGUAUGCGGCCCCGGGCCCAGGUGAGCGGCGCGCCCCCGGCGGUGCAGAUGGGGCCGGCGCUCGCCCUGUGGCUCCUGCUGGCCGCCUCCGCGCUCUGCCAGGAGCAGGACCAGACCCCCGACUGGAGGGCCACGCUGAAGACCAUCCGCAACGGCAUCCACAGGAUCGACACCUAUUUGAACGCCGCGCUGGACCUGCUGGGUGGCGAGGACGGGCUCUGCCAGUUCAAGUGCAGCGACGGAUCGAAGCCUUUUCCACGCUAUGGAUAUAAACCGUCCCCACCAAAUGGAUGUGGCUCUCCAUUGUUUGGUGUCCAUCUUAACAUUGGCAUCCCUUCCCUGACAAAGUGCUGCAACCAACACGACAGGUGCUAUGAGACCUGUGGCAAAAGCAAGAACGACUGUGACGAGGAGUUCCAGUACUGCCUCUCCAAGAUCUGCCGCGAUGUGCAGAAAACACUUGGACUUGCUCAGAACGUGCAAGCAUGUGAAACGACGGUGGAGCUCCUGUUUGACAGUGUUAUACAUUUAGGCUGUAAGCCGUACCUGGACAGCCAGCGAGCUGCAUGUAGGUGUCGUUAUGAAGAAAAAACAGAUCUUUAAGAAGAUCCUGGCUGCUGGUAAGCACACAAAAACAGAGGAAAAUAAUCUUCGCCAAAGAACUGGUGUUUUCACAGCCUAAAGCUGCCUUAGUUUUGUGAAGUCAUUUUAAGACUGUAUUUUGACUUUAAAAGUAAGAAAGAACAGAGGGGAGGGAACAAACAGAGGGGAGGGCUCGCCUGCCUUCCUGGUAUCUUGCUGGGUGUCUGGGUCUCAGUGGCUACUCAGUUUUUCAUAACUAUACUUACACAAAAAGAAAAAAAUGAAAUUGAUUGUAAAAUUCAUUAUAAAUGCUGUCCAACCUUACCUUAUUUUGAAACAAAAGAAAAUCUUCCCUUAAAAAUGUUGUUAACGAUGAAAUUUCAAAUACACAUUUGUGCCUGGAAGGAACUGGCUUUACUGUUUCUCUGUUGUAAUUACAUAUAACACGUUUCUGUAUAGCCCACAAAGAUAGGAAUGGGUCAGGUUAGCUACAUGAGCGAGGCUUCCGUGUGCUUCUCUUGUACAGUCGGCACCGUUGUCUGUCACCCUUUACAGGCACAGCCUCAACGUCUACGUAUUCUGAUACAAAUAAGAUUCAGAAGCCCAGCAUUCCCGUUUACAACCACCUGUGUCAAAUGUCAUCUUUUGCCAUAAAUUUGAGAAAAGUUGUUUAAUAACACGUAAGGAGACUAUACACUGUUGUGCUUGGAUGUUUAUUUUCUAGUACCCGUUCCUCAUCAUAGAUCUGGAAUAUUUUUAAAAGACUGUAACCUUUUACUAGUUGUGGCCUUAAUAAAAGUUAUUCUUAAUAAUG